CCCGGCCCUCCUCGGAAGCUCCGCCCGCCCCGCCCGCCCCGCCGGCCCCCUCGGCCCGCCGCGAUCCCAUUCACCCCUCGGACCGCACUCCUUCCCUCCGGUCCCUUUGGAGGCCUUCCUGCGGGCCUGGGCCUCCGAAGAGUGGCCUCAAUUCCCAGAGCUCAGAUGGCCACUUGGGUAAGAGACCCUCCACCUCUGCUGUCAGCUGCUUGAUGGGCACGUGCACAUGUGGCAUCCGUAUGUCCAGCCGCAAUGCCAUUACCAGUUCCUACAGCUCCACUGGAGGCAUCUCUCAGCUCUGGAAGAGGAGAGGUCCCAGCUUGUCACCCUCCUCCAGCCCCUCCUCGUGCUGCCUGCAGACAGCAGAGAGGCCGCAAAGGAAAACGAGAGGAGAGGAGCUUUCUCCUCAUUCUGGCUCCGCAGCUCCCUCCGUAGGAGACAAGCAGUCCCAGGGAGAACAGGGUACAACCACAUCUGGGAAGCAGAACUGGGAUUCUCCACCUACGCCCAGCAGCUCCCGGCUGCGCAGAGGCAGGUUUCCCCUGGUGCCCUCCAGGCGAGGGAUCCCGCUGAUCUCGCCUCCAGCUCCCGUGCUCGCUGGCCCGAUCACACGCGAAGAGUAUCACCGGGAGGAGAAAGCUCGGUUGGAGAAGUGGCUGAAGAGGAUUUUCCAGGAUGAGGCUGAAACUGCCUCGAACUCGGAGAGUGGGGACCCACCUGCCCCUCCACCUUCUCCUCCGAGUGUCACCGUGCCUGCUGCUGAGACUGCUGCUCCCGCAGCCUCCCUCCCAGCCACAGCAUCUCACAUGCUGCUGAGGCACUUGGAGCAGUUGGCAGACUUCCUGUGCCUACCAUCUUUCCCAGGGUGCGGUCCCUUCCCCUCUGGGUGCAAGAAAGAUGUGACCUCACUGGCAGUCAUGCGCCGCCGAGGUUUGCAGAUAGGCAGCAGAGCUCAGAGAGGAGCCAUUUCUGGCAGGACUUUUCCCAAACCACAGGAAAGCCAGGAUCAAGAUGCCUGGGAGCCCGACAGAAAACGCAGGCGUACAGCAUAGAUAACCACGUCGGCAGGAAGUAGCCUAUGCCCCUUGCCCCCACCCCGGACCCCUCACCCAGAGGCAGCAUGUUCCUGCAGGAGCGCCCACAGGAGCCAUCUCAUUCACUCCCCACCACAACCCCGUGCAAUGCCCCUGUUUUUCCCAAGGAAGGGAAGCUCCAAGAGGCAGAGGGAUGUCACCACGACGGAGAGACAUGUCCACCUGUCUCCAGCACCUGCCCCACUGUGCAAAGACCACCCAUCCAGGAGGCUGAGAGCUGGGAGCCAGUUCUAGGCCCCCCACUGCCUGACUGCCCGACUUGAGUACUUCCUACAUGCAGGCCAAAUCCACCCUGAGAGCAACUGCUCCCAGACCCUUCCUGCCCACCAAGCCCCUCUCCUCCUGGUGCCCACCUCCUAAAAGGGGAAAGAGGGCAUGCGAGUGGGAGGACCUGGGGUGUUGUGGUUUAAAAUCACAGCUCUGGAGUCCCCGCUGCGUGGAUGAGAGCCCGGGCUCUGCUGCUUCCUGGCCACAGACCUCGGGGCCACCCCCUCUGCUGGUCCAGCUUCAGUGUAGUGGAGGUACAAUGGGAAUAAUGUGCGCUACUGGGAAUUAAGUGAAACAACGUAUGUAACAACUUAGGGCGGCAAACCCGCAGUGAAUGGUCGCUGUCAGCAUCGUCAGAAUAAAUAUCGUCAUUAUUAUUAUUAUUAUCAUUGCACCAAAUGACAACAGAG